UCGUCGAAAACCGUCUCUGCGAUCAUCUCAACCGGGCGCUGCACCAUCCGGCUGCCGUCUCCGUCUCGUCAACACAACCAUCCCCGGCCUGGCCCUGCACCCCCCACGUCCAGAGUCUCUUGCUUCUCCGGCUCGCCUUCUGCCAUGGACUCCCGUAUCCGCGCCGAUGACUGCCGAUCGGCAGGCGACCAGCUGCGAUCCACAACAUCGCCCAACGACCACGCCGGCUGCCCACCACUCCAAACCACCGACAGCGGGCUCCAGCUUGAUUCGCCCAAGGAGAAACUCCAGAGCCAGCGCUCUUCCCAGGACACUCGGCUGCAGCGAUACAGCAUCACCGGCGUGCCCAACGAGAUCCUUCUGCGAAUCCUGUCGCAUCUGCCCCGAUCCGACCUGUACUCGUGCCUCUUUGUCGACCGAAGAUGGAGCACGGCGGCGUGCCCGAUAUUCUGGAGGAAGAUCCGCAUCACCUCGGCCCGCCAGCUGGGUCUGUUUCUGUCGAGUCUCGAGAAAAAGUCCCUCGGCCUGGAGCGGCUUGGCGACUACGUCAAAGUCCUGAUUCUGCCGACCUGCGGACAGUGGGUGACCGAAAUCAAGGGCGUCGAGCGGCUUCUCCCCUCUCUCAAAACACUCCAACUCGAGCACCCAGAGCACAAGGACGAGCCCCAUGGCCCACACCAUACUCUGUCGAUGGCGAUCCUGGAGUGCAUCAAGCCCGUCGUCCCCCGGAUCGAGUAUAUGCAUAUCGACGACGUCAAUCCCGAGUGCUGGCCGGAGCUGUGCUCGAUCUUCCGCGAUCUGGGCAAAUCUCUUCGCUUCAUCAGUCUCGAAGUCUCGGCCGAGGUCGAGCAGCUCGAUGCCGAGACAUUCUCGCACCUUCACAUGCACAUGAAACGGAACCCCAUCAUGAGCCUCAACACACUCGAAUUCCUGCGCCUGGACAGCGUCGCCCUUGGGCUCGACCGAUACGAGUCGCCACACAUCUCGAUCUACCCAAAUCUGCGCGCGAUCACGCUGGAUUACUGUCACGAUGUCACGAUGGCGACGUUCAUGGAUCUGUGGACCUAUGGCUGCAACCUACAGUUCAUGGCCCUCGCCGGCGUCAUCAACGACAUGCCUCCGAGACAUACUUUGCAGGAGCUGGAGUCUCGACCACUUCUGAAGACCCUGCGCCUCGUCGACUGCGACGUGUCCGAUGAAAUUCUUUAUGCGGUUGCCACGAAGGCUCCCAACUUGGAAGUACUGCGAGUUGUCUUCGAGGACGAUACGUGCGAAGACAUCGUCAAGACAACGAAAGCACUCACCGACAUGUCCCUCGUGGGCUUUACCACCCGCAAGCCGGGCAAACUUCGAACGCUCGCGCUGUCGCUCUGCCCAAGCAUCACCGCCCAGAUGCUCGCUCGCGUUCUUGAAGCCAAUCCCAUCGUCCAAUUUGACAUCCACAAACACCCCGAGUGCACUCUUGGAGAGGCCACCACCGAUGUGUUUGAGGGGCUGAUCAACAUCACCAAUCAGCGCCGGGCCAGACUCGGUGUCAAGUCGCUGAAUCUCUACGGGCAGACCAAGCUACAGAUCGACCGCGCCCUUGUCAAGAUCCAGGGCGCUGCUCUGUUCCAAAGCCUACAAAGUCUCUGCCUGAAUAGCGUCCCGCUUGAUGCCAACAGCCUUUUCGAGAUUGCAAUGGCUUGCCCGCAGCUGAAGCGAUUUAGUAUCACCGGCACCAAAGUCGACCCCGACCCCGCGCAGAUGGCCAACGAGCUCAUUUCGUCAUCGGCUCGGAUCGACAAUCAAAACGCCGAGUCGAUCAUCAAGGAGGCCGGAUCGCUGAUCAACCGGAUCUGCAACAACCGCGACGAAAUCAUCAACCUCUUCCGGAAGCUGCGGAGCCACGGACACACCCAGAUCCAGCGAGUGUACACCUUUGUCAACAUGGCGUGCACACGCGAGAUCCUCGAUCGGGAGCUGAGGGAUGCGGUCCAGAAGGUCCUCACCAUGAUUGCCGAGCAGCCGCCAGUGCCCAACCCUCCGGAGGGAAUGAAUGGCAUGAUGAUCCCUCCUGAGCUGCAGCCGCUCUUCGAAGGAGUGCAGUUGCCUGAAUUCUUCCAGUUCCCCGGCAACGCCGCACCACAGCCGCAUAAUGCAGCCCAGCCGCCCAAUCCGGAUCCGGCACCUAACGCAGACCCGACGGCGCCCGAUGGCACCCCGGCACCUGACGAAGUCCUCGCACUCAUCCCAGUCCAGCUGCCCAACGGGGACCAGCCAGUCAAUAUGAUUCAGCUGCCCGAGGGACUGCAGCUGCCCGAGGGACUCCAGCUGCCCCAGGGACUCCAGCUGCCCAAUGGAGCUCAGCUGUUCAACGCAAAUCAGUUCCCCGAUGGGGCACCGGCUCUUGAUGACUUCCAGUUCGUCAACGGAUGGCCGAUACUGGAUGGGAUGCAGAUGCUCGAAGUACCGCCCAACCUGCCCCAGGCCAUGCGCCGCUUGCUCACCGUCCGCGAGGUGAUCGAAGAGGCGUUCCAGUACACCACAGCGUUUUCGUGGAGCCAGUUCUCCAAGGUCAAGGCCAUCCGGCUUCCCGAGCUCGAGGACAUUGAGUUUCUGGACGACCGUUGGUUCCUGGACGAGACCCUCGAUAUCAACAGCCUCUGGGAGAACGCGGUCCGAGCCGGGGCCCCGCCAACGCACUCGGCCCUCAUUCCCAGCCGAUUCUGGUUCCACUAGAUUGUGUAUGGAGAGAGAGGAAAGAGGAUAGCGAAGGCAAGAUCGCAAGCAAAGGGAGGACAGUGGUUCCUUUGGUCUUUGUUUCGCCACAGCUUUCUUGUCGGCUGUCGAGGCGGGGGCGAUGGUGGUGGUCGGGUUGAAAGCACAGCGCGAAUAGACCAAAGCGAAGAGCACAUAUGCAUCUCCACCGCCUCGCCCCCCGUUUGUUGCUGGCACCAUGACAGAAUAUAAUGCGCCAUGCGCUCUCCAGUGGCCUGCCAGAUGUCAGCUCCCCACCCCUCCAGGAUUGCUGGACGAUCCAUCUCAAAAAUGCA